AUGGAGCCAAUGAUGGCGUACAGCUGCCUCCCCGCCACGGUGCUGGCCUCGUGCGUGGAGAGCGCGUGGUCGCGGGGCGGCGCCGGCCCGCAGACGCAGCUGUCCCGCGCCCUCUGGCUGUGGUGCGGGGCGCUGGGCGCGCGCGUGUGGCUGCCGCUGCUGCCGCGCGACGCCUCCCGCCGCCCCGACUCCUCGCGCCACACCUUCAUGGCCAAGCGGAUAAUGCUACCGUUCCACCUGAACAUAUACCCGCUGACCAUAUUAUUCGACGAUGCGAUACUAUUGGGGGCAGAGAACGACACAACCCUCUAUGCGUCCGACUCCAACUCAGUGUUUUCAUUGCCAUUUUGCGUUGUGAACAGGACGAGCCAGGUGUACUUGCACCAGAUUCUGAGGCAGCUGUUGCGUCGCAACCUGGGCUACCACGCGUGGGAGAUCGCCCGCUCGUGCGCCCAGCUGCCCUACUUCCCGCACUCGCUGGAGCUGCUUCUGCACGAAGUUCUGGAGGAGGAGGCCACCAGCAAGGAGCCAAUACCGGACGCCCAGCUGCCCAGCGUCAUCGAGUUCGUCCACGAGUUCCCGGUCUACUUGCAGACAGUGGUCCAAUGUGCUAGGAAAACGGAGAUUGCUCUGUGGGCAUACCUGUUCUCAGCGGCCGGCAAGCCCAAGGAGCUAUUUCAGGAGUGCUUACAGAGGAAGAUGCUGGACACGGCUGCGUCGUAUCUCAUCAUACUGCAGAACUUGGAGAGCUCGACGGUGAGCCGUCAGCUGGCGACGCAACUCUUGGACACGGCGCUGCAGCACGAGCGGUGGGACCUGGCCAGGGACCUGGUGCGCUUCCUGCGGGCUAUAGAUCCGAAUGACGUGGACUCGCCGCGGAAUUCUGUGAACGUGCAAGCGAAGUACGGUCAGAUCGUUCAAGCGCAGGCCGUUCCUAACGCGGAGGACCUCUCUGUCAUACUGGGCAGCAUGCAGCUGGCGGGCGGGCGCGGCCGCAGCUUCAGCACGACGGCGGCGCCGCGGGAGCCGUCGCCGCCGGCCGCCGCGCCCGCCCCGGCCCCCGCGCGCCGCACCGCCCAGGUCAAGCGCAAGAAGUCCGUGCCCGCACGCUCCGACAGGGAGUCGUACAGCGGCACCGCGGAGGAGUUCUUCAUCGACAUGAUGAUCCAGCGGCACGCGCGGCUGCUGCUGUCGACGGCGCGGCUGGUGGCGCUGGGCCGGCUGGCGGCCGCGCUCGACCUGCACCUGGUGGCGUGGCUGGCGGGCGAGCGCGAGCGCGCCGCGCGCGUCGACUGCGCGCCGCUCUGCCUGCGGCGGCUGCACGCCGACUUCGACUGGCCCUACCCCGCGACGCACCAGCCCGACCGCGCCUACGCGCAGCGCAACACAAGCCUGGCGCCCAGCCCGCACUCGCCGUGCGCGGAGACGGACAGCCUGUGCGGCGACAGCGGCUACGUGAGCCUGUCGCUUCGCGCCGCAAUGCCCAUCGUCAUGGGCGCGCCACUCUCGCCCGCCUCGCCCAGGCCAGUCAGCUCGGUGGGCGAGUGCAGCGUGGCGGAGGGCGGCGGCGUGGCGUGGGCGGAGGCGGGCGAGGCGGAGGCGGAGGCGGGCGAGGAGCGCCGCUACGCCGCCCUCAUGGAGCGCCUGCACACGCACCAGCACGAGCGCGGCGACCACUCCGCGCACGUGCGCCUGCGCUACUUCCUGCAGCUGAUGACGGAGGCGAGCUGCGUGGAGUGGGCGCUGGUGGUGGCGGUGGCGCUGCGGGACGCGCUCGCCGUGCUGCGCACCACCAACGCGGCGCGCGGCCACGACGUCAGCCUGGCCGCCGUGCGCCGGCUGCGCGCCGCCGUGCUCGACCUGUGCGCCUGGAGCGACGCCGAGUGUCUCGGUUACAAGCCGUUUAUGGUGGCCAUAAGCAAUCAGGUGCCAUUCCUAACGUCAAUCAUCAACACCCGCGAGCGACGUGUUUCGAUGGUCACGAAUCGAGUCAGAACACCAAGUACUGGCUCCUUGAAUUUGGAGCUCAAACCACAACAAACGCCGCAGGAAGCCAUACUGCCGCCGCCGCAGAAGGUGCAGGAGGUGACGAAGUCGAUCCGCAAGGAGUCGCCGGCCGUGCCCGCAGAGGCGAGCGCCAGUGCGGCCGCCGCCCCCCCGCCCCCCGCACCACCAGCACCCUCCGGCUGCGCCCUCAUG